AUGUUUCAUCGCCUCCCAACCGCGACUCCCAGCAGACUACUCCUCCUGUACUCGCGUCCUUCGCUCGUUCGCGCGGCUCCUCCGAGACGCGCCGUCUUUGCUGCGCCCACCCACCAUCGUCGCCCUCUGGUUACGUCGCCGCCCGACAUGGCUCCCAAGCGCAAGACUUCGGCGGCAUCCGAAGCCAAGCAGAAUGGCAACGAGGCCAACGGUGCCAGCGCCACGCCCGCGUCGCCCUCAAAGACGGUGGAGCAGACCGACCACGAGGAGCGCGCCCUUGACCCCAAAUUGGCAGAGCACCCGGACGAGUCCGAGGAAGAGACGUCCAAGCCCCCGGCCAAAAAGUACAAGAAGUCGUCCAAGGCCACCGACCAGAAGGGCUCCAUCGACAUGGCCCAGAACACCGUAAAAAAGGGAUACGGCGCAGACGCCUACGCAAAGGAGGGCAAGGGCUGGCACCGCUCCGACUUCAACCCCAAGGACUCGUCAAAGACGCCACUCCAGAGGCUCGAAGACUCGCUCAAGAAGCACGCCCCCUCCAAGAUCGGAAGCGCAGAAGACGGCCGCAACGUCGUCUACUGGAUGCGCAUGCACGACCUACGCAUCCACGACAACCGCGCCCUCGCCCACGCCUCUGAACUCGCAAAGCAGCGCAGGGACAAGGGCAAGGGCGGCAACCUCAUCGCGCUCCACGUCAUCAGCCCAGGCGACUUCCGCGCGCACGACCGCAGCGCCCGGCGCAUCGACUUUGUCCUCCGCACGCUGAGGGACCUCGAGCGCAAGUUUGCCGAAAAGCAGAUCCCCUUUGUCGUCGUCACCGUCGAGCCGCGCACCGCCAUCAUCGACCGCGUCUUUGAGCUGUGCAAGCAGUGGGGCGCGGGACAGCUCACGGCCAACAUCGAGUACGAGGUCGACGAGCUGUGGCGCGACGCCAAGAUGGUCGACCAGGCCGGCGAACGCGACGUGGCCUUCUCGCUCUUCCACGACUGCUACGUCGUGCCGCCGGGCAAGGUGACGACCAACGACGGCAGGCCCUACAGCGUCUUUUCGCCGUGGAACCGCAAGUGGACCGACAUCCUCUCCAAGGACAUGUCGCUCCUCGACGAGUCGCCCGAGCCCGAGCCCAACGACAAGGCCAUCCGCCAGGACAAGGAGCUGGGCGCGCUGUUCGACCUCGAAAAGCUGGGCGACGGGUACGGCAUCCCGGACCAGCUCGAGGGCUUCGAGUGCGCCGACCGCGACUACAUGGCCAAGCUCUGGCCGGUCGAGGGCGACGCGGCCAAGAAGGUGCUCGACAACUUCAUGGAGGGCAAGGGAGGCAAGACGAUCCUCGACGCGCCCGCCAACGAAGGGUCGGAAAACGUCGGCGCCAACUCGAAAGAGUCGCGCAUCGGGCGGUACAGCACCGGGCGCAACCUCGUCUCCGAGAACGGCACGUCGCGCAUCAGCCCGUACCUGGCCGCGGGGCUCGUCUCGCCGCGCGAGUGCCUGAGGCGGACCAUGGCGAUCAACAAGAACCGCCUGCACGUCGGCCGCGACUCGGGCGUGGCCAUGUGGAACACCGAGGUGUCGUUCCGCGACUUCUACGGCCACGUCCUGGCCGCCUGGCCCAAGGUGUGCAUGGGCCACGCCUUUAUCACAAAGUACGAGGACGUCAAGUGGGAGACGGACAGCGAGACGCUGCAGGCGUGGAAGGAAGGCCGGACGGGCUACCCGAUCGUCGACGCGGCGCAGCGGCAGUGCAUCAAGCAGGGCUACAUCCACAACCGCGGCCGCAUGAUCUCGGCCAUGUUCCUCACCAAGCACCUCCUCCACGACUGGCGCGAGGGCGAGCGCCACUUUAGCCUCAACUUUGUCGACCAGGACUUUGCCUCCAACAACGGCGGCUGGCAGUGGUCGGCCUCGACGGGCACCGACCCGCAGCCCUACUUCCGCAUCUUUAACCCGCUCUCGCAGUCGGAAAAGAGCGACCCGGACGGCGAGUACAUCCGCCACUUUGUGCCCGAGCUCCGCAACGUCAAGGGCAACGCCAUCCACGACCCUUUCAACCGUCUCAGCCCGGCCGAGUUCAAGAAGCUCGGCUACCCCAAGCCCAUCGUCGAGCACAAGCAGGCGAGGGAGAGGGCGUUGAGGAGGUUCAAGAACCCCGGCGACGAGUAG